AUGAGUUACGCUGGCGGCUCGUGCGUGCCGGGCUCGGGGCUCACGCGUUUUCGCAGGGGGCCAUCGCCGGCGACGCGGCUCGGGGCCUGGUAUCCGUGCGGUGCUAAUGCCCCUGCGGAGGGGCGGCUUCCCCCGGGCUGGCAGAGCCUGGCCGGCCCCCGCGGUGCGGGUUCGUGCGGUCGCCUUCACCCCCGUCACUCCGGGCCCCAAGACACAGACCCUACUGGCGUGUCGGAGCUGCUGACGUGGCCUUGGGCUGCCCGGGGGGCUGAGCGUGAGUUUCUGAGCCACAAGAACAAGGAUUUUGGUAGCUUGGUCAUCAUCUGUCUCAUAAUUUACUUACUUGCAGAAUUUGACGAUGCAGCUAAUUUGCUUGCAGCGAAUCGUGACGCUACCACCAUAAGCAUCGAUGAGCCAGGCGAGAUCCCCAAGAAUAAGCACGGCCGGCUGCAGGAGCCGGGGAGAGAAGAGGACGAUGAGUUGCUGGGGACUGAUGACUCCGAUAAAACAGAGCUGCUCGCAGGACAGAAGAAAAGUGCCCCUUUCUGGACAUUCGAGUACUACCAGACAUUCUUCGAUGUGGACACGUACCAGGUCCUGGACAGAAUCAAAGGUUCGGUUUUCCCAGUACCAGGGAAGAACUUUGUAAGGCUGUAUAUCCGCAGCAAUCCCGACCUUUACGGUCCGUUUUGGAUUUGUGCCACACUUGUCUUUACCAUCGCUGUCAGUGGCAAUCUCUCGAACUUCUUCAUCCAUCUGGGCAAACCAACGUACCACUACGUGCCGGAAUUCAGAAAAGUGUCCAUAGCGGCAACAACGAUUUAUGCAUACGCUUGGCUUGUUCCCCUUGCCCUCUGGGGAUUCCUGAUGUGGAGGAACAGUAAAGUCAUGAACAUUGUGUCCUACUCCUUCCUGGAGAUAGUGUGUGUAUAUGGCUACUCCCUCUUCAUUUACAUUCCCACAGCGAUUUUAUGGAUCAUACCGCAAAAAGUGGUGCGCUGGGUCCUGGUGAUGUUCUCCCUGUGCCUUUCGGGGUCUGUUUUGGUGAUGACCUUUUGGCCCGCUGUCCGAGACGACAACCGGAGGAUCGCGCUGAUGACCGUGGGGGCUGUCGUUCUGCUUCAUGCUCUGCUGUCUGUCGGCUGUUUGGCGUACUUUUUUGAUGCCCCUGAACUGGAGUUUCCUGCACCUGUUAUCCCUGCACCUAUUAUCCCUGCUCACAAUGGAACAACAGUAAUAACGACAAGUCAGUAAAUGAUAAGAUUACAAUGCCUGUUUCUCCAUCUGUACAGUAAUUUUAUUUUAGAUUAUUUUUUCACU